AUACGAGUUUGCAUAGCAGGCUAGCUACCACUAAUAAUCAGUAUUACUAUCUGCAUUUCAACUUUCGCUCACGCAUGUAUGGUUGAUUAUUCAAGUUUCAUUGCGGACUUUGUGUCGGAUUAUUUAUUUGACGUCCGCACGAGAAAUUGGGACGAGUGACGAAAAUUAAUUAGCGAAAACUGCAUUCUGUGCUGAAUAAUUAAAAAGCUUUUCAUUUGUGUUUGUGAAAACGUACCGAUAACGGAUAUUGGAAUUAUCUCAUUAUUUUAGUACCGGAACGUAAUUUAUAAUUUUCAACAAAAGGAUUAGAUAAAAGAAAUAAUCAUAUGAAAACAACACGCAACAGAAGAAUUCAAUAUAAUUCAAGCGAAAAUAUUGUACGUGCUCAGCGUGUUUUACAUAUUUAUGUGCUGUAGAUUACUUGAAGUUAGCAUAGCGAACACACUUGGUUUAAAAUAUUUAAGACUUAGGUGUGUAUUGACGAGCUUUUAAAGCAGUAAAAUUUAAUGAAAACGAAAAUUGCUGGAAAAAUGGUACAUUUAUUUCACAUAAUAGAAAAGUCAUAGCUUAAAACAAGUGUAUAAGUAACUACAUAAAGUGAAACUUAAUCGAACGAUAUAUGGAUUUAUUCGAGGAACACCUGUUCGACCCUGCGGUGUUUGAUUGAUCCGUCGCUGCGUCUAGUGUAUGCAAUGAUCUGUCACUUCGACUGCGACUUUUUACUUGUUCGACUAUUUAAGAGACAGUGAGUGUUACGUGUUCAGAUCAUACGGACCGGCUAAAGCGUGAUUUAGUGAAGCCAAAAAAGUGCAUUAAUUCCGCAUCUGCUUAUUUCUAUGUCAACUUAACGAAGCAAAACUGUGCGCGGCAUUAAACAUGGAUUAUUGAUUUGUAUUAUAUGUGUCUGCUUAUUGUUUAUGUAUUCAUCGUGUUUUUAUUUCGAGAUUAAGUGUAUUAAUUCUUGAGGUAGAGCAUCGUUAAACUUAAUACAAUAUCGUUGUAUUAAGCAUUAUACAGGGAAAACAACACUGCAUUACAUUAUUUAAUAAGAAUUGUUAUUAUAAAAGGUAUAUAAAGCAUAAUGGAGAUGUCAGUGAAAGUAACUUAUUUUCUGAAGUUUCUUGUCGUCGUUGUCGCGGGACGUAGCGCCGCAAUCAACCUGGACGGUGAUUUACGUCAACUCGCGGAAAUGCUCCCAGGUAUCUAUAGCAACAACGGACGUCAUUCCAACAACAUUAACCGGAAGGUGGAACGGGCGCUGGGCUCGAUUGAGACGGCGGCGUCCGCCAUUACGUCGCUUCCCAUUAAAGCCGUUUAUCGACCCGUCGAAGUGACGUUCCUUCCUGAUAGUUUCAACGUUUACGUCGAACACGUUGAGCACGGGAAAACGGACCCGCAUCGACGCUGGCUGUACAGCUACUCAAAGGACGAUAGUACACGCUCGAUCAAACUGCGCGUGUAUAACUUUAACGACGAUUCCAUUAUCGAGAAGGUCAGCAAAAAUCCGCGCGCGAUCAAAUAUUUAAAUGAAAAUGACGUCACGACCAGGAGCUCGUGCGACAUGUUCUGGCGACGUCUGGGAGAGACGUUCGUGGGAACAACGUCACGUGAAUGCCAAGCGGUUGUGGACGGAAGCCAGAUGCGGAUCUCCGUGAUGAACACGCUGACCAAGUCAAGCCUGCAGAUAGACGAAGGAUGGUACAAGGCGAGUGACGGGUCAAAGGUUUUAGAACUGGAUGGACCGAUAUUCCUGACCAAGAUAGACGAAAUCUUGGAUAACCCAUUUUUGGGAACCGAUCAGCAUAAACAAGACGAAAAUUUAAAAAGCGUCAACUUGUCAGAAAAGCCUUUGUUGCAGAAAGAUAGUCAGACUAAAUACAACAACAAAGAUAAACAGAAUGAAAAAAUAACACGACGAAAUCCGCCAUAUGCUUCCCGAAAUAAAAUCGAAACAACCGAGCAGGUUUACGGAUAUCCAGAAAGGGCUUUCCCAACCAAAACAGAAUCCAUGUACAGCAAAGCAAUAGUAAAAGCAGGAUUUGAAUACAAUAACGAAAUUGAGCCAUCUAAGUAUAACCACGACAAAGGGAAGACAGCCAAACAGAGUAACCAAGAUGAGAUUAAACCGAUGUGGAACCUGCAAACGUACGAAGGCAUUGUUGACGCCCUCACUAGCGGUCAUAAGGUCUAUUUUACCGCAAAAACCAAACACUGUACACAGACAAAAGGGAAAAGCAGCGACAAAACUGUCAUCGGAGACUAUUUGAACAUAUUUGAGAUUCAUCGUGAUUAUUCGCACAAGCAACCAAACAAAUACAUCCAGUUUUCACUGCGUCGUACGGAGCAUGAUCCUCGAAAAGGAUUCUUUGACGUUGUUAAGGACAUCACCACACAUCGGAAUGGGACAGUCCUCAUUCGGACGGCAUAUUUAGACGAGGACAAGAAAGUGUACAGAUACUUCUCACAGGAGUGUCAGCUGUUUAUAUCCGAUACAAAGAAAGGUGAUGUGAAGUUUUUCAUCGAUCCCUAUCGGGACGUCUCGGAGGUGAACCGGAAUAAACCGUUACUGGCCUCCCUUCAAGCCGGCAACAUGUUCCGCGUUUCAACAGAACUUGACAAGUGUAGAGGGGGCCAGGGGGAUCAGGUUGUGAUUGGAGGGGAAAUCAGAGACUACGACAUGGGGCGGAACGGGAAGACAUUAAGUUUUAACUUCGUCACCACAAAACUACAGCCGACAUCAGACGGUGAAGUCACGGUGGAGGAUCAUUAUUACCUGUUCCAGUUUCCAAAGCGUGGCGAAGUAACCGUCAUCAAAAACAAGCGUAACGUUACGCCUCUCAGCAACAACGUCUCUGUCGUUAGUGGUUAUCAGAAGCUUAAAUGCGAAAUGGACGUUAAUUCAAGUACCAAGGCGAUUUCGUUGUUUAACACGUGAUUUUCGUGUAGUAGAAUAAGGAAAAAUACUUCGAUGCAAACGGGUGCGUAUUUAUGUUCUGUUGAUGCAACGAAUAGAUUGACGUUCUUGUAGAACGAAACCUCGUGUUGAUCAGUCAGUUGAUUUAUUGACAUCAACAAUACGUUCGCAUUUCGUAAUGUGACAGUGAAAUAAAUACUGUUGACCAAAGCACGUGCGUUUUUGAAACACACAGAGCCAGUAAAACAAUUAACCUGUUCGGAAAGUCUCUCAUUGGGCAGAUAUAUAUAUACUCAUGGUUUAAUUGUGGACACAUACCAACAAUUGUGUUAUAAGAAUUGCAACUGAAAUUAAAGAAUGGAAUUGGGAUGUUUGAUGCAGAACUAUGAAGGGAUGUUUGAUGUGGUAUCUCGCGAAUGAAUUGAUGGCCUUACACUGUUUCAAUUGGUACAUUAUUAACCAGAAAGACAUAUUCAAGCGUUUGGUGUGGGAAUGACGAAAUUUUCAAUGUGCAUAUGACACGUGUUGUAACCCAGUUUCCAGUCUGUGUUAUCACUGUAGCUGACUAUGUGAAAUCUAAGGGUUCAGACCACUUUAAAAUAGUUUGUCCAAAACUGAAUCUCGAUAUUUUUGUUUACUACGACAUACUUAAGACUUUUUUGUUUUGUAAAAAUGUUAAAAUUGUAUUUGUUAAUGUAUGUGUGUUAUUUAUAAUAAUAUCAUAGACUUUGAUGUUACAUGUAUAAUAAUUGAAUAUGUUGUACAUUUGCAUUGCAUAAAAUUCACAUAUUUGUUAAACAAUGCAUACUUACGUUUUUAUUUUUGUGUGCACGUUUUUUGCAUUCCGGUUGCAUAAACAUUCUAUUCAAAUGGAAAGUAUGAACAUGUACAUAAUCCGUCCAGUAACAGAAUAUGUUCAAUGUACCUUUUGAUAACAUAGAUUUGAAUACCUAGGUUGUAAACGUGCGUUUGUAAAUUGAUGGAAGAAAGGAAUAAAAUAAUUAAAAUAAUGUCGCUACUUCUGUGAACUACUUAAGCAGUGUGAUGUCAAAUAGGAACGUCUUUAGGGGAACUUCUAUAUAAAUGUGUUUGUUACUAGUAAUUUAUGUACUUAAUACAAUCCAGUAUAUUUCACUUAUUAUGAACCAUACAUUAUGCAGACUAAUAUCCAUAAAUAUCCCGAUAACAUACAUACUCGAAGAGCGAAAAAUGUAUAACCUAAGUUGACCCUACAUCUUGAACAGGUUACAUAUAAAUCAUGGUAAAUUGGAUUGUUAUCUUAUACAAAUGUAUGUUACAGGCAUUACAAUAACAAAUGUUAAUGUUGGUAAUUUCACAUAAAUUUACCAAAAACGCAUUGUAAUUUCUAAAAAAGAGGUGAUACAAUUCUUUUUCAUUUUUAAUUACAUCGGAUUUAAAUGUCCAAUCCAUAUCUAUUCCAAAAAACGAAACCUGUACAAAACGUUUCGGAUGCACUUCCUAGCGACCAAAAAACAGAAAAAACGCGGUAACUUUCGAUUAUUAUCUGAACUUAUUUCGUAAUACACAUAUGUGAAACGAACUGGUUUUCAUUGUAACAAGAGUCAUGAACUCAUUGAUUACGUCAGUCAUUUCAUCUUGCUUUUUGGAGUGGACUGGCCCUUUUUAAACCUGAAUGAAAAAAAAGGUACAUAACAUGUGUUUGGCAACAUAAUGUAGUGUAUAUAUUUGAAAGACUGAUUUUAAAUUAAUUUGCAUUCUCAAGCUGUUCAGCCUGUCUUGUUACAAUAUUUAUAUACUUUGAGAUUGAUAAUAAAAUAUGAUUCAUUUA